UGCACCACGCACUGAGAGAAAGGAGGCUGUGCACAUACACAGAUCAUGCUAGCAAGUUUGGAUUUCAUCUGGAAGACUGUGAUGCGUUCCCAAGGCUUUUAAAGCAGCAGGAUGAUUUAAUUACAACGUUGAAAAACCCCAGAGAUCCCAUGAGCACACAUUUACUGAUAAAGCCAUAUACCUGCACAAGUGGUGGCUGCCAUUGAUGUAAACACUGUGGCUAAUGAGGUAUACAAGUAUAAUUUUCCAGACACACAGUUACUGGCCAAGACAAUUGAAAUCUUGGAAACAACCCAAGUGUCCAUCAACUGAGGAAUGGAUUUAAAAAGUUGUGGUAUUUCUAUACAAUGGAAUAUUAUUCAGCUAUAAAGAAGGAUCACAUUGAGAUAUUUAUCAAUAAAUGGGCGCAGCUUGAGACCAUACUCGGCAUUACACUGGAAGAGUUUGACAAAUUAUCUUUCAAUAUGAUUUUAAUGAGCCCUCCAUGUCAACCAUUUACAAGAAUUGGUCUACAGGGUGAUAUGACAGAUCGAAGAACAAAUAGCUUCUUACAUGUUUUAGAUAUUCUCCCAAGAUUACAAAAAUUACCAAGAUAUAUUCUUUUAGAAAAUGUUAAAGGUUUUGAAGUAUCUUCUACAAGAGACCUAUUGAUAGAAACAAUAGAAAAUUGUGGCUUUCGGUACCAAGAAUUUCUAUUAUCUCCAACCUCUCUGGGCAUUCCCAAUUCAAGGCUCCGGUAUUUCCUUAUUGCAAAACUUCAGUCAGAGCCAUUACCUUUCCAAGCCCCAGGCCAGGUACUGAUGGAUUUUCCCAAAAUUGAAUCUGAACAUCCACAAAAAUAUGCAAUAGAUGCAGAAAAUAGAAAUAAUGUAAAGAAAAUUGAACCUAAUACUUGCUUUGAUAGAAACCCACAGUGUUCUGGCAAAGAUACCAUUCUUUUUAAGCUUGAAACUGCGGAAGAAAUUGACAGGAAACAUCAACAGAACAAUGAUCUCACUGUGCAAAUGCUGAAAGAUUUUCUUGAAGAUGAAGUUGACAUGAAUCUGUACAUUUUACCACCAAAGUCAUUGCUGCGAUAUGCUCUUUUAUUAGACAUUGUUAAACCCACCUGCAGAAGGUCCACAUGCUUUACCAAAGGUUAUGGAAGUUACGUGGAAGGGACAGGAUCUGUAUUACAGACUGCAGAGGAUGUGCAGAUUGAGGCUAUCUACAAAUCCCUUACCAAUUUGCCACAAGAAGAACAGAUAGCAAAGUUGUCGAUGCUUAAACUUCGCUAUUUCACUCCUAAAGAAAUAGCAAAUCUCCUUGGAUUUCCUCCAGAGUUCGGAUUUCCUAAGAAGAUAACCAUGAAGCAGUGUUACCGUCUACUGGGAAAUAGUCUCAACGUUCAUGUAGUAGCUAAACUAAUCAAAAUCCUGUGUGAAUAAUUCUGAAAUAUUUCUGAAACAUGGCUGUGGUAUUUCUUCAUCUCCAGAUAAUAAUUGUGAAAUUCUAUGUUGAAUUAACUCUGAUGAAAUUCAAAUAAAAUAUUUUAAUUUUUCUUUAAUAAGAAAUUUAUUUCAUCACAAAAUGUCGUUUUAUUAAAUUUAUAUUUCUGUGUUUUUAUAAAGUGAAAGUUACUGUUUUUGUCUCAUAGAAAAUAUAUUUUCAUAUGAAACUUAAAUACAUGUGAAAUAUCUUUAUAUGUAUUGUGGUAUAAACAAAUUUAAGAAAAUUCAAAUAUUAAUGUCCACAUGAAUAUUUUAUAAAGUAUCAUAGGCUGUAACAUAAUGAACCUUUGAAAUAUGCAGUGUAUUUUCAUACAUUAAUUUAAGGAGUUGUCUUAUGAAUCUUACAAUUUUAGUUUUUGUUAUAUAGUUACUCUUAAAAUGCUCAUUUUUAUUCUAGCCUGUUUUACUUAAUCCUUUAAGUGUUGUUUAUCAUGAGCAAAUGCAUGUAACAUUUUAAACCAAUUAUCAUCAUUUAACCUACAACAGUCUAAAGAAUGUAUUAGAAAAACACUCCUAAAUUCUUAUCUCUCCAUCAGGUGACCUCAGAAAAUGUAGAUGUGUCCUAUUUCAUUAUCUUUUCUUUUUUUUUUUUUAUUUAAAAGGAAAAAGAGAAAAAAACAGAAUAAAACAAAACAGUGUAAGGGUACAAGUAAUACAGAACUACAGAAAAAAAAAACAGUAAGAUAUCACCAGUUAAUAGAUUACACACUAUCAUCUUUGAAACGGUGAUUCAGUUCACAGGAUCAAAGCAUAUGAAGUGAACAUUCAAAGAGUGAGACUUCAUUAUCUUUUCUUCAGUCUCCAUUUGAAGGUUCUUUAUCUGUAUGUAUGUACUUUGCGAGUAUCAGAACUUGGUUUUGCUUUCUUUGUCCAAUUUUGAGUUAUAUUUUCCAUUACAUUCUAAGGAAUAUAGUGUAUCAUUCAGAUUUUAGAGAGGAAAUUAUCUCCUGACCCCAUUCUAUAUGGUGCUAAUUCUUACUUCAUUAUUAUACUGACAUGCACUGCAAACUUUUGUAAUGUUUAACAUUCUCCAUCUCUCCUUGUCAAAAGAGGUUUUUCUUUUUACUUUUUGAACUGGAGUCUGGCUGUGUAGUUGAGGUCAGCCUUAAAUUCGCUGUAUUGACCUUGCAGUGGACCUCCUGCCUCAGUCUCUGGAGUGGUAGACUUAUAGGCAGGUGCCACCAUGCCUGGCAUAAGACAUUUUGGAAUUAGGGUUUCUAAGCAGACUGAGUCUUUUAUCAUCUAUCCCUAUGGUGUUGAUUUCAGUUGCAAGAGGAGGUGACGAGAAAUGAAAAGACACAAGGCUAGAAAUUAUAACAAUAUUUUAAUUCAUAUUUUGUACUUGAAGAACAAUCAUUCCUGUGUGGAUAAACUGGAAUGCUACAUAUUGCUGGUGGGAACAUAAAAUAGAACAGCUGCGAUAUAAAACAAUUAUAUAAAAUAGCUUCUUCAAAAAGUUAAGUGUAGACUUACACAACCCAGCAAUUCUCCUGGGUACACACCCAAAAGAAUAGAAAACAAGGACUGGAACAGAUAUGUUUACAUGCGUGUCUGCAAUAGCAUCAUUCACAAAUGCCAAAAGGUAGAAGUAACCCAGUGUCCAUCCCUUCAGUGGAUGAAAGGACAAAUAAAGUGUGGUGCGUACAUAUAAUGGAAUAGCAUUUGGCAUUGAAAAGGAGGGAAUUGUAACACAGGCCAUGACCUGUAAGCAUUGGUACAUUUUAUGUUAAAUGAAUGAAUUUAAGUAAAAAUACUGUAUGUGUAAUUCCAUUAUAUAUAUAAUCUAGGAGACUCAAGUUCAUAGGGACUGUAAGGAUUAUGGUUACCAAAGAUUAGGAGGAAGGAUGAUUGGGAGUUAGUGUUAAUGGGUACAGAGUUUCUAUUUUAGCUGACAAAAGUUGUGAAACAAUGUAAUAGCAAGCCUAAUGCACAUCUUAAUGAAAAUGUAUUUACCAGUGUUGCUUGAUAACCAGAUGUACAUAUAAAUAUGUAAUUUGGAAAAUGUCAUUAUAUUGAAUGCUACAUGGUAACAUGGUAAUGAAUGUACAUAAAAUUUGCACUGGAAAUUCUGUUUUUUUAAUAUUUGUACUUAUACGUUAUUCAACAUUUUGGAAAAUAUGCCCUGUGGUUUUCAAGAGAACUAUAUAAUUAAAUGUUUGCCAUUCAUAACAGUAAA